AUGUCACAGCAACCUCGGCCAACUCGCAUACCCCGCUCAACUUCCACAGCGACUCUCUCGCGAGCUCCAUCCUCGGCUACACUCAUCCCGUCAGCGCGACUCGCCGUCAAUCAACCUUUGAGAGCCACCGGGUCCAGCAUCCCCUUACCCAAGAGCCGCAUCGCCGCUGUCAAAAGCACGGCGACUCUGCGGCAGCCCUCUUCCCAUUUAUCACUUCGUCCCCCUCGUACCGUACGACAAGCCCUUGAGGGUAAAGUCGAACCAUCAAAACCGAUACCUACGAUCAGGCGGAUCUCGUCCACCAAUUUUAAGGAGAACUUCUUCGCUCCCCCACCCCCAAUUCAACCUGCUAAGACCGUCCCCGCCCCUGCUCGCGGCGAGAAGGGGACCCUACUUGUCCGGAAGCGAAGCCAGCUGCUCCCCCAGCGGGCUACAGCUCCCCGACGCAGCCUGCUGAACGUCGCCCCCGAUAGCAAGCGGGACGCGAAACCCUCCUUUGGGGCCAAACAACUUUCGUUGCGCGUUGUAACCCAAAGACCAGAGACGCGGCUCGUACAGGUGCCUCCCGCCCCGUCUCCUCUCACAAACGAAGCGCCAACUCCCUCUCCGCUCCCACCCACCCCCUCUCCCCUCCCAUCAACCUCCUUCUCCGCGUCCUCCCUUCGCAAAUCACAUCGUACCUCCCUUCACUCUUCCCUCCGACCCGGUCCACUCCCCUUCCACCUGGGCGCCAGUCCCUGGAACGGACCUCGAACCAGUAUCGACCAAAUCAAAGAUACCGAAUACAGCUUCACCGAGGAUGACUCGGUCGGUAACUUAGCUAUUCCUGGCAUACCCGCCUUCGCGACACCCGGCAAGGCGUCAGUGUCCGAGGUGUUCAGGGAAAAGGAGCGUGAGAUUGAGCGGCUCAAGACGGAGCUGAGCGAGGAGCGAGAAGCCGCGAGCAGGAUGGAAAGGGAGGUGACGGAGAGGGAAUUGGCGGGAAAGCUGGGACAUGAGGUAGAGAAGGCAAAGGCGGAGCGGAUGAUAGCGGAGAUGCGUCGAAUGAGAUUGGCGGACAGGUUUUUGGCGGUAGAGCGGGCGGCGGCAGAGGCGUUGGAGGAGAUAGCGGCCAAGCGGGAAGUUAUACGUCAGCUUCGAGCGAUGUUGUAG